GUAACCCAAGAAAGAAUUAUCCUCUGCUUACAUCCAUUGGACCAAAAAGAAGAUAGAUAAAAAUAGAAAAAAUCUAAGGUGUGUGAAGCUCUUCAGCUCAUCCAUGGCGACGAUACCCACCACUGCCACCGCUACUAUGUGUCCCUCUCCUCCUCUCCCUACUAUUUCUCCCUUACUCAGAACUACUCACCAAUGCCAACCAUCACCUUCUUUAUCAUCAUCUCCUUUUUCCAUAAAGCUUACUACUCCUCUGUUUUGCGGUGAGGCCACGCUAGAUAGAGCGACGGCUGAUAGCUCCGUGAUGGUCAAACCUGAGAAAUGGAGUAUCCAAUCAGAGAAAAGGAGGAAGAGAAGGAGGAGAAGAAGAGGAGGUUUCGAGCGUUUGGAGAUGGAAGAAGAGGAAAAUGCUGGCACCGAAGAAGCUGAAACAGAGACAAUGAGUGUUCCUCUCGUUGGAGCUUCACGAUCUGGUUUUUUGAGUCGUUCAGAGGAGGUUCAGCUUUGCUUGUACCUCAAGGAAGGAGCAAAACUUGAAAAUUUGGGAACAAGUAUUGAAGAGAACCAAAUGGUAUCAGUUUUGUUGUCAAGUGGCAAAGGGAAGAAGAAGCGUAGUGCAAAUGAAAUAUUAUGCAGAAGAAAAGAAGCUAGAGAAAAGAUUACACGGUGUUACCGUAGGCUUGUAGUCUCUAUUGCAACAGGGUACCAAGGGAAAGGGUUGAAUCUGCAAGACCUGAUCCAAGAAGGAAGCAUAGGGCUGCUUCGAGGAGCUGAGAGAUUUGAUCCUGACCGUGGCUACAAACUAUCAACUUAUGUCUACUGGUGGAUCAAACAAGCCAUCCUAAGGGCUAUUGCACACAAGUCUAGACUUGUUAAAUUGCCGUUUGUUGUGUGUAGGGAAGCAUGUGGGAGAUAACAGCAAAAGUUGCAGAAGCUAGUAAUGUUUUGACCAGAAAACUAAGGCGGCAACCUAGCUGUGAUGAGAUUUCUGAGCACCUCAACAUCCAUGUAUCCGCGGUUAGACUUGCCGUGGAGCGGAGCAGAUCCCCUGUUUCUUUGGACAGAGUCGCGUCUCAAAAUGGCCGCAUGACAUUGCAGG